UGCUUUACAAAAAAUAAUUUCAACUGAAAUGUUAAUUCAUCUAUCGUCUACAAGUUUUUGAAGGUUAUGUUACCAAAAAUAGAACUGUUUAAGAAAUGGCCAAAAUAUUAAACAUUUUUCGAACUAUACGAAAUAAUUGGAAAAAGUCCCUUGUAGGAGGUGCAGCUUUAUCAUAUGGAGUUACAUACAGUAAGGAAGUGUAUGACACUGAUCAAUUAAUGAGGCAAUAUUGUGAAAAUGUAUCACAAUAUGGAGACCUUCCUCUUCCAACAAAUAUAAAACCACGCCAUGUAACCAUUAUCUUAAAUCCAGUUGCUAAAAAGGGGAAAGCAAAAAAAUUAUUUCAAAAUUAUUGUGAACCGCUUUUGCAUUUAGCUGGAAUUGCUGUAACUGUAAUACAAACAGGAUCACAAAAUGAUGCUCGAAAAAUUAUAAUGGACUUAGAUACAUCUACUGAUGCCAUUGUAGUAGCAGGGGGAGAUGGUACUUUAUCCGAUGUUUUAACUGGAUUAGUAAGGAAAUACAAUCUUAAUCCUAAUUCAAUUAAACAAUGCCCAGUUGGUAUUUUACCAUUGGGAGAAACAAAUAAAGUUGCAAAAUCUUUAUAUCAUGAAUAUGAUGAUUUAUCUGAUGCAAAACAAUUAAUAGAGGCAACAAUGGCAAUCAUAAAUGAGGAAUUUAAAAUGAUGGAUAUGAUUGAAAUUAAACCUAUUGAAGAUAAUACUGAGGAACCAGUAAAACCUAUUUAUGCUAUGGGAGCAGUUGAAUGGGGUGCAUGGAAAGAUGCAAAUGCUUUUGCUAAUAAAUAUUGGUACUGGGGCCCUUUAAGAAAAUAUGCAACUUACAUAUUUAAUGGUUAUAAAGAAAAUUUAAACCAGUAUUGUGAUGCAAAGUUAGAAUAUACACUUCCUUGUGAAGGUUGUUCACGUUGUACUCAAAAUAAUUCAUCAAUGGGUGGAUUUACCAAUUUAAAUACAAGGUGGUGGUAUGUAUUAUUCCAGUACAUAUGGCAUCUAUUUGUUCCAAGAGGUACUGUUACUAAAGAUGGUAUUGAUUUCAGUAAAAUAAUAAAUGAAAAAUGUGACAUUCUUUAUGAACUACCUAUAUCAACAAGUGAAUUGCAUAUAGAUACUUCGAAUAUAUAUAAAUCACAAAUUGAAUCAUUAUCAUCGUUAAAAAUAAAAAUGGGUCCAAAGGAUAUUAAUUACUAUUCUUUUGUGUCUGAAGGAUGGAAAAAAGAAAAAGAUAACAAAUCAUUUUGUAACCAAGUAAUAGAAGCAAAGAACAUUAAAUUAACUCCACAAAAGGUUGAUAAAUAUUCCACAUUAUAUAUUGACAAUGAAGAGUACGAACUAAAAGCAGUUGAAAUUAAGUUGCUUUCACGAGCAGUAAAAGUAUUUUGUUCAUAA